AUGGGGGAAUCCAAAUUUCAAACAACAUUCAAAUACACGCGUCUGCCCACGGAUACUCACAUACGCCUCCUGGAGAUUUUGAGACGAAGUGGAGAAAAUGGUACACAGGAGUCGGUAUAUCGAAUCGUCACUAAGGAUAUUGCGGCAGAUAACGACAAACCGUUUGAGUUCGAAGCCGUGUCUUAUACUUGGGGCAACCCAACUAUCGUUUCCUCUCUCCCUAUCGAAGGCUGUUGCGGCACCAUUGGCCUCACAGAGAGCCUUACACAAGCGCUGCCGCAUCUGGAAAAACACUCCACAACCGGUUACCUCUGGAUCGACCAGCUCUGCAUCGACCAAAGCAGCGGUAGUGAUAAGGCACACCAAGUUGGACGCAUGGCCCAGAUAUAUAGUGCGGCAAAACGAGUACUUGCAUGGCUCGGUCCCGAGGACGAACAUAGUCGUGUCUGUAAAGCAUGGCUGAGCGAGGUAGAUAAGAUGUUGCGAAGUCAGCCAUACUCCCAUGUUGUACUCCCUGAUUCUUCCACCUUCAAUCAAGACGUCAGGUUCCUUGUAGUACGUAGUACGUUCGACAAAAAGGACACAGAUACCGUAUACCUCCCGGCGAUUCGGCAGUUCUGGGAACGUCCAUGGUUCAAGAGGGGGUGGAUUGUUCAAGAGGUCCUACGUGCGGCAGAGAUCUUAUUCCUUACCAGCCGGGUAACAUACAACAUGCAGGACUUUGCUGAUCUUCAGUCUAUCCCGAGCGAGAAACCUCUCGAGUACGACGGUGACAAAAACAUAGCCUACGAUAUCCUCUUGGAUCUUAAGGCUGCUCCAUAUAGCGAAGACCAGCCUAUCCGAUUCUUGCGUCUUAUAGCUCGGGUAGCCGGGGUGUUCAUCACGUCAGAGUUGGCAGAUAACUUAUACGCCUUUCUGGGCAUGAUCGACGGGUCUGGGUUUACGCCUGACUACGAAGUCUCUAUCAAGCAGAACUUCAGUGCUUUUGCUGUGGCGCUGGCUCGGAACUUUGGCUCGUUGGACUUUCUGUCACUAUGGUCCGCGAACCUUGAUGCACUGCUACCAAGCACCCCAGAGGAGCUGAGGAACUUCUCAUCAUGGGUUCCGUCAUACUCUGGCAUCCCUCUCAUAGCACCAUACCGACUCGCCGCGGGUGGCAUGGGAACCUCCCGCACCACUGUCAACUGGAACGCAGCUAAUGGAAGACGACACGUAUAUGAUCAACCUGAAGACGCCAUCACUACUGGCCGCCUCCGAGUUCAUGGUAGAAUCAUCGAUCAUAUCCAUACUAUGAGCACUACGAAAACAGCAAGUUACUGGGUAAUGAACAGGCCCUAUCUUGACUCCCUCGUACAUCAAAUACGCAAGGACCUCCCCAUUUCACCAUUCCAGGAUUGGACUCUCAUCUCUCUCGUAUCCUUUCUCGGCAACAUUGCUGCAAACGGAAACACUCCCGCAGAAACAUCUGAAGUAGUGCUAGGUUUGCAACCUAGGGGGUUUGCAAAUGAGCUUGCAGACAUGAAUGGGAACAACAGCAGUCUUGCCCCGCGUUUAGCUAUGGCCAGGGGGAGAAAGUUUGCCACCACAGAAAGAGGGAGGAUUGGGAUGGUACCAUGGAUCGGAAGCAAGGAGCAGAGUAAUGAGCAGAAGGGGAGUAUUAUUGUGGUGCUGCAUGGAUGUUGCGUGCCAAUCGUGUUGGAUCAUAUUGGCGGGAAUGAGUACAAAGUUGUCGGUGAAUGCUAUAUAGAGGGUGUAAUGCAUGGGGAGGCGGUGGACUGGGAGGAAGAGGAAGCUGAUACUUUUGUUCUCAUUUGA